ACUAAAAAAUCACGGUGUAUAAUGGCUCUGGCGUCUAUGCUCUAGAUCCAUUCUCAGAAUAAUAUGUCUGACCAAGUCUUUAUAUACUAAACAAUUACAAAAACUAGCAUUAGGAACCAAUUGACAGAAUAAGGUUUUAUGCAUCUGAUUUUAUCGCUUUAAAACAAAACUGACCUCUUUGGUCGGUUUGUUAUAAAGCAUUUGCUUGACAUCUUGAAGUUCCUAUCAAUUUACUAAUAGUUUUCUAAAGAUUAUUUAUUUAAGUUUAUAUAGAUAAAUAUAUACAUAUCUUUGAAUAAUCACAAUCAUGGACCAAACGUACAUGUACAUGAUGAAGCGCAGCGACAUGGGCCGGCAGGUGAUGUUCUGCGAGCAGGGCCCCGAGCUGUGCGACAGCCUGUCCACCGACAUGAUGCUCGCCAAGCAGUAUAUCCUGCGCAACCCCGUGCACGUCGGCAUCCAGAACACACUUAAAUUCUCGCAAUGCGAAAUUAACACGAUCAGGGCCGAGUACAGCAACACCGGCUGCAAUCACGCCGAGGGUGGCUGGCCGAAGGAUGUUAACAUCCACGAUCCGGAAGCCACGCAGAGGUACCGCCGCAAGCUUGAGAAAGAUGACGGCUACAUACGAUGCGUGAUGAACCUUUCUCCUGGGUUGGAGCACUAUGUUCUACAAAACAACGCGAUCGACAUGUAUCAGACUUACUACACAGAGUUACCUCCACUGCCGGACAUAGAGCACUGUGACUGUCGAACUGUAAAUGUGUUUCGAGACGUGGCGCCGCCGUCGCGGGGCCAGCCCAAUCGCCCCGUUAGCUCCAUCAGCUGGCAACCGGAAGGCGGCCACAAGUUUGCCGCCACGUACGUGAAUGUGGACUUUAACAGGGACACUCUAUGCUCCCUCAACGCUUUCAUCUGGGACGUAGAGAACGCUAACAGUCCUGAGACGACUAUAAUGCCACCCUGCCCACUGCUGGACCUGCAAUUCAACCCCAAGGAGACAAACGUGCUUGCGGGCGGGCUCAUGAACGGGCAGGUGGGUGCGUGGGACCGGCGCACGCCGCGCUAUCCCAUAGUGCUAUGCCCGCCGCACGAGGCACACCGGGACCUAGUGCGUAACGUGCUUUUUAUUAACGCCAAGAGCGGCAUGGAGUUCUUCUCCGCUGGCACCGACGGCGCCCUCAAGUGGUGGGACAUACGUAAUAUGGAGGAGCCCACUGAGGUGCUCAUUCUGGACGUGGUUAAGUCCGCCACUGACCAACAGUCAAUGGCGAACGCUAACGGUGUUAGCGUUCUAGAAUUCGAAAAUACGAUACCAACGCGGUUUAUGGUCGGCACAGAAAACGGUUUAGUCAUCACAGGCAAUCGGAAAGGAAAAACUCCCUUUGAAAAACUACCCGGCAAAUAUGAAACCCACUUAGGCCCGGUAUGGGCAUUGGAGCGCAAUCCUGGCUUCAUGAAGAACUUUUUGACGGUGGGCGACUGGACGGCGCGCAUCUGGAGUGAGGAGUGCCACGAAUCCUCCAUCAUGUGGACGGCGCCGAAGCGCGACAAGAUCACUGAUGGCACAUGGAGCCCCACCAGGUUUUCGCUGAUGAUGCUCACCAAGUUUAACGGUAACCUGUCUGUGUGGGACCUGCUUCGGCGCCAGCACGAGCCCACGGUCAUGAUGCAAGUCUGCGAGGAGCCGCUACUGCGCGUGCGCGCACAUGAGGGCGGUGCACUGCUGACGUGCGGCAGUGCUAACGGGAACGUGUACAUGUUGGAGCUGUCGCGCAACCUGGUGGAGAGCGACAAGCACGACAAGACGUACCUGACGGCGGUGCUGGAGCGGGAGAGCAAGCGCGAGCGCAUCCUGGAGGCGCGCCUGCGCGAGAUCCGCCUCAAGCAGCGCCAGGCUGAGGAGGGCAGCCCCGACGCGUCGCUGGCGGACGCGGACGCCACCGUGGGGGACCGCGACCUCUACGACGCCGGUGCCGAGUACUUCGCCACCGUCAGGAAGGAGCACGCCGCGCUCUAGACUAUUAUAUUACUGUUUAUUCAUAACAUUAUUAUUUUAUAAUGCUUAUUACUUAA